AUGCGCACGCAAACUUAUAACUCUCUCUCUUCAAUUCGUGACCUAACCCAAACAACAUUUAGUCCAACAGGAGAACAUCUCUCUCUCUCUCUCUCUCUCUCUCUCUCUAACCCUCACCAAAAGCAACCAAAUUCUUCAUAUAUUCUUUUCAUAGCUGGAUACAGUAAAGAGUAGACAGAAAGAAGUUACAAAUAUGAAACGGUCAGCUAAGAGUUUGGUUGCCUUUUAUUGGUGAAGAUUAGCACCAAGCAGAAGAAGAAACCCUCAAAAAACUUGCCAAGAUUUAGGCUUCUUUAGUGUGUUUGAUCAAGAUGGAUGCUCAUGGUCGUCAUCUACCUCCUCCUUUUCAUCCCAGAGAUCUUCAGUUGCACCACCCCCACCAGUUUCAGCAACACCACCAUCAACAGCAGCCGAAUUCCGAGGAGGAUGAACAAAGUGGUGGUAGCAGCAGCCACAACCAUGGUCAAAAGCGAGAGCGAGAAGACAACAACAACAACAAUGAUGGUAAUAGAGAAUUGGCGUCGGUUGUGACGACUGGUGGCGAUGGAGAUCAUAGCAGUGGUGGCUCUAGAAGGCCUCGUGGCCGUCCAUCUGGCUCAAAGAACAAGCCUAAGCCACCGAUUAUAAUCACAAGGGAUAGCGCUAACGCGCUAAGAUCCCAUGUGAUGGAGGUGGCUAAUGGGUGUGAUAUACAAGAAAGUAUAUCACAGUUUGCCACAAGAAGGCAAAGAGGGGUGUGUAUUUUGAGUGGUAAUGGAACAGUUACCAAUGUUACACUGAAGCAGCCAUCAGCACCCGGGGCUGUUGUGACGCUACAAGGGCGAUUUGAGAUCUUGUCGUUAUCUGGUUCGUUCCUUCCUCCCCCAGCUCCACCUGCUGCAUCAGGAUUGACCAUCUACUUAGCCGGUGGUCAAGGGCAGGUGGUUGGGGGAGGAGUAGUGGGGCCUUUGUUAGCGUCUGGCCCUGUGGUGAUCAUGGCCGCUUCUUUUGGAAAUGCUGCUUAUGAAAGACUUCCUCUUGAAGGAGAAGAGACCACACCCGGCUCAGGAAAUGGCACUCUUGGAUCACCUACUGGGCCCGGUAACCAGCAACAACUCAUGAAUGAUGCAAAUCCAUCAUUGUUUCAUGGAUUGCCUCCCAAUCUGCUAAAUUCUUGUCAAUUGCCGACAUAUGCAUAUUGGGGGGCAAAUCGCCCUCCUUUUUGAAACUGAGUAACGAAUUCUCCGUUUCAAAUGUUUCACUUCAGUUCACAUUUGCAAUGCUUUUCACUUUCUAGAAUUUAUAACGUACUAGUUGCGUUUGUGAUGUUAGUUUCUUAAUAGAUGUUUGAUUCAAGAAUAAUUAAGGGUGUAAAAAGCUUCUCAAAUAUCCUUCUUUAUGGCCCUCAAUUUGUCUUAAUUGUGCCACCGGUGGGUAUGAAGGGCGAGGGAUGUUUUAGUUCGUCUCGUUUAUCUAGUAGUUAGGGGGUUUAUCAAAUAAAUAAUUGAUUUUGAGUUCAA